AUGACACGUAUUCGACUUCCGGUAACAGCUAACAGAUUACAUAGUAAAAUGGAUCCGAUGAUAUACGUCACGUGGAAACACGUUGUGCCCUUACGUACACGAAAACACGAAGAAAGUCGAAUUAUUAGUGCAAUUCCAUUUCUAAUUUCAUUCUAUUUUCAUGCCAACCCGAAAUUCUAA